UCCUUCGGAAUAACGGGGGCAUACACGGAAAGCUCUUUUCACACAGUCGUUGCCUGUCCUCGUUGCUCCUGCGGCCAAGCCUGGAGCUUGCCUCGAGUCCAGGGAUGCCGAAGAUGGUCAGUGAUGUGACCGCGCUUUGUCUGAAGCUGACACAUUCUGCGAAUUCCUCCGUUACAGCUGCCGUACAGCAUCAUCAUCAUCACGAACAGGCUGCCCACCCAACGCUGCAGAAUGACAUCAGCACCGCGGCUGUGCUGCUCAGAUCAAGGGUCACCCCUCUGCGCCUGCGUGACGCUUCUGACACAGCACGGCCUCUUAGCGUGCACACACAGAUCCCAGCAUGAAAUCCCCGUCAUCGGGAUGACUCGCUGUUCAUUUUCUGACCGCCGUGUUCCGCUGCAACGAGGCCGUAGUACGAGGCGGCCGUGACACAGGCCUCACCAAGCGAUGGUCGCCUCAUGCUUGCGACGGGGUAUUUAAGACGACGAGGAGGCGGGGUGGAUUAACCACAAUCUCAUCCAAUCUCCAAUGGCAAACACUCUCCAAUCGUUCGUCGUGACCGGCGCCAACCAAGGUCUGGGCUACCACACCGUGCACCAGAUCGCACAGAAGCCGCACAACCUCGUGUUCCUGGGCUCGCGCCGCCUCGCCGCGGCGGAGGCAGCCAUCGCCAGCUUCGCGGCGGACAUCCACCCCACGUCGGUGGUCCUGCCGCUGUACAUCGACAUCACGAACGCAAAGACGGUGGCGGAUGCGGCCGCGGUCGUGGCCGCAGCGCUGAAGGAGCGGGGCCUGUCCGGGCUGGACGUCCU